AUGGUCAUUCCUGUAAUUGAUUUGGAACUUCUACUAGAGCUGACGGCAUAUCCUAAAGGCUAUUCGGUGAGGCUACAGUUGCUUCGACUUGCUGUCACUACCGGAGUUCUGGCUAUUACCAUCAUUGGAACAUUCAUCCUGCUGUCAUUUUAUAUUCGCUCCACACAGUGUUCCUGUUCGAACAACGAUGCUUUAAGAAGAAUAGAUCCGGAACCUCUGGUUGCAGAAUCAGAACCUGAUAUACGACUUCACAUCGGAGAAGAUCUUAAGAGUCACAAGAAUAAAAGCCAUUUGGACUGUCUCGUAGAAAAGAAGGAGCAAGUACUAGAUGCUAUUCCUUCACAGGGUGAUGGCAUGAAAGUGCAAGUAAAAGGACAGCAAACUAUCAUUUCUUGCAUCACAGGAAAAGGAAAGCGUGCUCGUCGCUCUGCUCCAUGCGAAUGUCGCUGUGCCUGCCGCUGAAGAAUUACAACCACAAAGUAUUUUAAAAUAUCCAGAUACUUUACUGUAUUUCCUUAAUAUUUUAAAUAUGAAAACAAUUCAGCAAAGAUAUUUUGAAAUGUUAAAUAAAGCAAGACAUAAUAAACUUGUCAUGUUAUCAAUACAGCAAUCAAUUUAAAUACUUCAAAUGUAAAGAAGCUACUAAAACAUCCAUACUCCAGUUAUAAAUUAUAAAUUUGAUAUUUUUACUGAUUUGAAAUAUGACAGCCAUGAUACGAUGUUUUUAUCUUUUGUGAAUGUCUUAAAUACAUAUGCAAAUAACUAUGUAUCAAUGAAAAUAAAUAAUGUUAUUGGCCUUUGCAAAGACAUUGUUAAUGACU